AUGCCGCUGACGACGCCCAGCCGGGCGGCCAGACGCUGGGUCCUGCUGACAGUGGCCUGCAUUUUCUGGUCCACCUGCUUGUUCCUCACCGGGUUCGUGAAGGAGUACUGGCAGCUGGCCGCGCUUCGCUUCGGCAUCGGGUUCGGCGAGGCGGGAUGCACUCCGUUCGCCGCAUCGCUGCUGGCCGACUACUUCGCCCCAGAGCUGCGUGGCACCGCGCUCGGCGUCUACAACUGGGGCAUCUACUUCGGCUACUCCAUGGCCUACGCCGUCGGCAACUUCAUCACGAACGCCGACAUCCUCGGCAUGGGCUGGCGAUGGUCGUACCUGCUGUCGGGAGGUCCCGGUAUCUUGCUGGGCGUGCUGAUCCUGCUGACGAUGAAGGAGCCGUCGCGGACCGGCACCAGCGCCGCCAGCAAGGCGGCCUCGGCACAGCUGACGUCGGUGCAGAAGCUGCUUGUAACGUUGCGCUUCUUCUUCCGACCAAUGGUCAUCCUGCUCUGCCUGGCUGGAGGCAUCAGAAACGCAGCCGGCUACGUCUGGUCGUACAGCACGCAGAACUACUUCGAGGGCAUCGGGCAGACGUCCACCCAGAUCGGCUCCUACAUGUCCUGGAUCCCGCUGGUGGCCGGCUCCAUCAGCGUGGUGUUCGGCGGCUUCAUCUCGGACCGGGUGGUGAGCAGGCUCGGCCCUCUCGGCCGCAUCUGGGUCAUCAUCAUCUCCCAGCUGCUGGCCGCGCCGUUCGUGUUCGGCGUGCUCUUCCUGGAGCCGCCCUGGGCCUACAUCAGCCUCAUCCCCACCUACAUCAUCGGCGAGAUGUGGGUGCCGAUCACGCUGGCCAAGCUGGUGGAGAUGGCGCCGGCUGAGGUACGCACGUCCGCCGUCGCCUUCUAUUAUUUCGUCAUCACCAACAUCGGCGGCAACAUGCCGCUGCUGGUGGACCCGGUCAAGAAGGCCUUCAGCAACGCUGGCUACAACGAUGUCGACUCGCUUCGCGACACACUGUACCUUUUCUACCCUGGCGAGUACAUCUUGGGCGCGUUACUCUAUUUGCUGGCGCUGCUGGCGCUGCGCCGGGACCUGGCGCGCGCCCAGCGCGACGGCCCCCUGGUGGAGAAGAAGACAGGCAGCGAUACGGUGGGCGAGACAAACGACGCCUACCUGCCGGAGACGCCCACCGAUGACCCGUGAGCGGAUCUUCGCCGCCCACCGAUGACUCGUGAGCAGACUUCCGCCGCCCACCGAUGACCCGUGAGCGGACCUCCGCCGCCUACCGAUGACUCGCGAGCGGACCUCCGCCGCCCACCGAUGACUCGUGAGCGGACCUCCGCCGCCCAUCGAUGACCCGUGAGCAGACUUCCGCCGCCUACCGAUGACCCGUGAGCGGACCUCCGCCGCCUACCGAUGACUCGUGAGCGGACUCCGCCGCCCACCGAUGACCUGUGAGCAGACCUCCGCCGCCCACCGAUGCCCAUCAGCGGACCCCCGCCGCCCUAUCCCAGUGACAGUGUAACAUGUGGAGGCUCGUCGAGAUGCUCCGCCCGUGAUAUUGACGCACGUGUUUCACAUGCUUUACCAUAUACUCAAUUGUUGUGUGUGCACAAGCAUAGUGGAGUCUGUGAUGGUGUGCGAUGUUCCCAAGAGCGAUUUUAGAUGAGGUUAGAUGAC